AUGGCCUCUAGCGACACCAACGGAGGCGCCCUGCCUCACAAUUUCUUCUUGACCCCGCACCAGCAAAAUCUUCUCUUUGCCGCGCUUAAUGCCAAUAAUCAGCAGGCUGCUGCUGGCGUCCCGGCAGGCAAUAACUUGUCUCUUUCACCUAGCUCAUUUGGAAACUCUCCUGUACAAGGUGCCGGAGCCGCAAACGAAAGCCCUGCUCUGGACAACUAUGACUACGACUUCGCCGACUCCAGCUACGAUUUCUCAUUUGCUAGCACAGCAGAUAACACGCUGAUUGGUGAACGACCCACAGCCACACGAUCUGAUUCCGCAGAUAGCGAUGUCAAUGAGAAGAGACAUCAUCCAGAUGACGAGGAAGACAGCCCGGGUAACGAUGCCAAGCGCCACGAGGGCUCUGAGAAAGUACCCAAGAAGCCUGGCAGAAAGCCGCUUACGUCUGAACCUACCUCCAAACGCAAGGCUCAAAAUCGUGCCGCUCAGCGGGCGUUCAGAGAGCGAAAGGAAAAGCAUCUCAAGGAUCUUGAGACCAAGGUCGAAGAACUUGAGAAGGCAUCUGAGGCUGCCAACCACGAAAACAGCCUGCUUCGCGCGCAGGUAGAGAGGAUGAACACAGAACUUGCCCAGUACAAGCAGCGCAUGGCUCUCGCUGUUCAAAACAAGACGAUCCAGAGAGAUACAUCUGCCUUCAACCCUGCUGUUGCCAACAGCUUGAAUGACGUCAACUUUCAAUUCGAGUUCCCCAAGUUUGGCACUCUCCCUGGACCCCCUGCUAAGAGCUCUCCGUCGCAGGCCAUUAGCCCAGGCCAAGCUGCUAGCCCCAACCAGUCCAUUGCCGAGUCAAAGGCAUCCCCAGCAUCACAAACUGCUGCCAAGGCGGCCAAGUUCAAGGAAGAUUUGGCUCAAUUUUCCAACAUCUUCACCCCAUCCAUGGGAACGUCUGGUACAGGUGGUUCUCGUGGUAGCCUUGACUCAGGCUUCAGCCUCAGCGGCGCUACCAGCUCUCCCUCUGCAUCCUCCAACUCGAAUGCCGGCCCCAGCUCCUCUUGUGGCACAUCUCCUGAGCCCUUUACACAAUCGCCUAUGGGCUUCAAGCCUCUGGAUACAAUGAGCACUAUUGGAGAGGAGCAGCCUUCUAUUGCAUCGGCCCAACAGCCAUUCACACAGUUCUCAAAUAUCGAUGCUAGCACAGUCGGACUUGACUGGCUGUCUCAGCAGAAUGGUGGCCAGUUUGACCCUCAACUGUUUGGCGACUAUCGUGAGCCUCAAGCCAACAUUCUGGCCAACCCAUCAUUUGACGAGUUCUUCAACGACGCUGUUGACAUUGAUUUCUUCACACCGUACAACAUGGCCCCUGUGCAAACCGUGAACAACAAGAAGAACCUAAUUGACGAGAUUGACGCCAAGCAAAACUCGGAGGAGACUGGAGAAAAGGCAAAGAACUGCAAUGACAUUUGGGAACGUCUUCAAGACUGCCCUAGUGCUAAGAACGGCGACUUUGAUCUCGAUGGUCUCUGCUCUGAGCUCACAAAGAAGGCCAAGUGCUCUGGACAAGGGCCUGUUGUUAAGGAGCAAGAUUUCGACACCAUUUUGAAGAAGUACAUGGGCAAAGAUGCGUCGACAGAGUGUGUUGCCAGCAAGCUCGGCAUUGAGGUCAAGCGCGAAUCCACCGAUGCGUGA